AGUUUUUCUCUUUUUCGUCAAAGCUUUUUAAACCUUUAUCAAACAUGUCUGGAGGAAAGUCUGGUGGUAAAUCCGCAUCUGGUUCCAAGUCCCAAACCCGUUCCGCUAAGGCCGGUCUUCAGUUCCCUGUCGGUCGUAUUCAUCGUCUCCUUCGCCGCGGUAACUACGCCCAGCGUGUUGGUGCUGGUGCCCCCGUUUACCUUGCUGCGGUUCUUGAGUACCUCGCUGCUGAAAUUCUCGAAUUGGCCGGUAACGCCGCCCGUGACAACAAGAAGUCUCGUAUCAUCCCCCGUCAUCUUCAACUUGCCAUCCGUAACGACGAAGAAUUGAACAAGUUGCUCGGACAUGUCACCAUUGCCCAAGGUGGUGUCUUGCCCAACAUUCACGCCAAUCUUCUCCCCAAGAAGACCAAGAAAGUUGGUGCUUCCCAAGAAUUGUAAACUUGGUUCUAUACUUCUUUUCGCAUAUUAUUUCCUUCUAUAUCAGUUUUCUCCUAGUCCCAAACCCCCAUGUAGUCGUUUGACAUUCUCUUAACCCACCAAGCAUCAGUGUACAUAGCUUACUAAACAU